UGUUUGAUUCAAGUUUGGACAUUUUUGCAUAUCCUCAGUACAGCAGGAUGUCUGUGGAAUUAUUCUGAGCACUAGAAGUGUAAAAUGCACAUCAAGACAAGCCUACAUUGGCGUGCAUUCAUUUAGCAGAUGCUUUAAUCAUGCCACAAUCCAAAGUUUCAAAAUGGCUCUGAAAAGAGCUAGAACAGAGACGAGACCGUAAAACUAUAGCCAAAGAGUAAUUUAAGGUCGUGCACUGACAAUUGCAAUUUGUGCAUUGAAAUUCAAGCUUGUAGCCCAGCUGGCCAAGAUGGUUUGGAACCUAAAUGCAACUACAAGUUUAAGAUUUAUUUUCCAGCAAACACAAAACGUUUCUCAAAAAUUAGUACAGUAUGUGGUCCCCUUUUGAUGUGCAUUAAAACAAUUUGCAUUUGCGCAAGUGCAUUAACAAUUGUAAGUCAAAUGCAUCUUUAGGUGUUUCUGAUUCCAGCAUGGCGGUCCAGUGUUGGUGGAAGUCGAGCGAUUCUCAGUUCACUAACAGUGGAUUCGUGGUUGGAAGUGAUGCCUGGCGUUCCAUGUGAACGCGCACAAUGCCCUCGUUUCCCAAAUGUUCAGAUUGGUUGCUGAAGUGUCGGAGGAUAUCACGUCUAACACAUAACACGACCUUUAAUUAGAAACUUGCCAGGUUUUUUUUCUCUCUUUCCCAUCCCCGGAGGCAAACACCUCUCUCUCGCUCUCCCUCUCUCUGCAGCAUUAAUAAACAUCCUUGUAUCCUGCCCUCGGGCUGCACCAGUGAAAAGAUGCAAACAUACUUCAUUAGAGCUGUGGCAAUAAUUUGUAAGCUAAAUAUGCGAUGGGGCAGAUGAGAAAACGAUCUGAUAAGACUCGCACAGACGCUCAAGGUGGGAGAGACGCUAAGGCACCGUGAAGGCACAUCAGCAGCAUCAUUUCUCCAUGGCUUUCCCAUUUGUCUGCUUCCAGGAAGGGAGAAGCAUGUCACGCCUGUCUCUGACCCGGUCUCCGGUCUCUCCUCUGGCCACGCAGGGGAUUCCACUGCCGGCUCAGCUCACCAAAGCCAACGCGCCCGUUCACAUCGACGUGGGUGGCCACAUGUACACCAGCAGCCUGGCGACCCUCACCAAAUACCCAGACUCACGGAUCAGCCGGCUGUUUAACGGAACCGAGCCCAUCGUUCUGGACAGUUUAAAGCAGCAUUACUUCAUUGACAGGGACGGAGAGAUUUUCCGCUAUAUUCUCAGUUUCCUGCGAACCUGCAAACUGCUGCUGCCGGAUGACUUUAAGGACUUCCUUCUCCUGUACGAGGAGGCGCGUUAUUACCAGCUGAUGCCCAUGAUCAAGGAGCUGGAGCGGUGGAAGCAGGAGCGGGAGCAGAGGCGUCUGGCGCAGCCCUGCGACUGCCUGGUGGUCCGCGUGACCCCUGACCUCGGCGAGCGGAUAGCCCUCAGCGGGGAGAAGGUGCUCAUCGAGGAGAUCUUCCCCGAGACCGGUGACGUCAUGUGUAACUCAGUCAACGCUGGCUGGAACCAGGACCCGACCCAUGUCAUCCGCUUCCCCCUGAACGGCUACUGCAGACUGAACUCGGUGCAGGUGUUGGAGCGUCUCUUCCAGAAGGGUUUCAGCGUGGCUGCGUCCUGCGGCGGCGGUGUGGACUCGUCUCAGUUCAGCGAGUAUGUUCUGUGUCGCGAGGACAGGAGGAGUCAGUCCACAAACACGCCCAUCAGGAUAAAGCAGGAGCCGCUGGACUAGAGACACAAGCUCAGGCCCUCGGCCCCUCGACACACACACACACACACUCUCAGCGUUUAUAUGGGGAAUGUAAUCAAACUGCACCAGAAACCCAAAGAACUCCAGCAGGAUAUGAGCCCCGCCCUGUUCCACCCAAACCACCAAUCAGAGGACGUCCUCACGCAUACGGAACGCAGGCUCCGCCCCUCUGCCGGUGCAGUGUGUGUGUCUCCUUAUCUCGUGACGGUUGCGGCACAGUGCUCACGAACAA